UACAACUAAACCUGUUGCAAGCCGUGGACCAGCCGCAUCCUGUUGCUUUUAAGCCCAACAAUUGCAGCACCCAUCAGCCCCAUCAUUCUCCCAGCACCCAAAACAACGGAAAGAGCGCUCGCGCCAACCGCCGUCGACGUCGCAGACGCAACAAGCAGCAGCAAAAUUCGCAGCAACCUGACGCCUUUCAGGAUCCAGACGCGCAGCUAACACCGAGCACCUCCUCGUCCACACCGCACUCUGCACCCAACGAUAGACAGGAACACCUAACCUCCCACUUCAACUCAAACUCCAAUUCCCAUUUUCAACCCGACAAGAUGCCCGCCCGAUUCGCUGAGGAAGUAAUCACCGCUGAACCUGCACAGCAUGCCGCCCCCCAAUUGGACCUGGGUGGUGGUCACUACGUGCCGCGCCAGCAACACCUCAACGAUGAGAUCGCCAUCACCGGGUUCUCUGGUCGUCUGCCAGAGAGCUCUACGAUCGAGGAAUUCAAGCAGAACCUUUUCGAUGGCGUUGACAUGGUCAACGACGAUCCCCGUCGCUGGGAGCGAGGUCUUUAUGGACUGCCCGACAGGAUCGGAAAGAUCAAGGAGAGCGAUCUGGAGAACUUCGAUCAGCAAUUUUUCGGUGUGCACCAGAAGCAGGCAGAGUGUAUGGACCCACUCCUGCGUAUGCUGCUCGAGUUGACCCACGAGGCGAUCAUCGAUGCUGGUUUAAACCCCAGUGAUCUGCGCGGAUCCCGUACCGGUGUGUACAUCGGUGUGUCCAACUCGGAAACAGAGCAGCACUGGUGCAGCGAUGCCGACCGAGUGAACGGCUAUGGCUUGACGGGAUGUGCCCGUGCUAUGUUUGCCAAUCGCAUCUCGUUCACCUUCGAUUUCAAGGGACCCAGUUACAGCAUUGACACCGCUUGCUCCAGUUCUUUGUACGCCUUGGAACAAGCCUUCUCCGAUAUGCGUGAGGGUAAGGUCGACAACGCCCUGGUCGCCGGAGCUGGACUGAUCUUAAAGCCCACCAUGUCGCUGCAGUUCAAGCGCCUGAACAUGUUGAGCCCGGAUGGCAGCUGCAAGGCCUUUGAUGAAUCUGGCAACGGAUACGUCCGGUCCGAUGGUUGUGUGGUGCUGCUUCUGCAGCGUACUUCAGCCGCCAGGCGUGUGUAUGCCUCCAUUCUCAAUGUGCGCACUAAUACUGAUGGUUUCAAGGAGCAGGGCAUAACCUACCCCAUUGGCAAGAUGCAGAAUCGCCUGAUCCGCGAGACUUACGAGGAGAUUGGCCUGAACCCUGCUGAUGUGGUUUACGUAGAAGCCCACGGUACUGGUACCAAGGUGGGUGAUCCCCAGGAGGUUAACUCCAUAACGGACUUUUUCUGCAAGAACCGUACUAGCCCCCUGUUGAUUGGCUCGGUCAAGUCUAACAUGGGUCACUCGGAGCCCGCCUCCGGUGUCUGCUCAGUUGCCAAGAUCUUGAUUGCCAUGGAGGAGGGCGUUAUUCCCGGCAACUUACACUACAACAAGCCCAACCCAGAUCUUUAUGGACUUGUUGACGGUCGCCUUAAGGUCGUUGACAAGAACCUUCCCUGGAAUGGUGGCAUUAUUGGCCUUAACUCCUUUGGUUUUGGUGGUGCCAAUGCCCACGUUAUCUUGAAGUCGAACCCGAAGCCCAAGGCACUUACUCCCAAGGAUGGAGCACCAAAAGUGGUUCUCGCCUCUGGCCGCACCUUUGAGGCUGUGGAGCAGCUGCUGGAGUCGGCAGCCAACAAUGCGGAUGAUGAUGAGUACCUGCAACUGAUCAACGAUAUCCACUCAAAGGCAAUUCCUAACCACUUCUUCCGCGGUUACGGAGUGGUUAGCAGCAAGGGCACCCACCAGCGGGAGGUGAUCGAGUCCACUGAUGAGAAGCGCCCCGUUUGGUACAUCUACUCCGGCAUGGGUAGCCAGUGGGCCAGCAUGGCCAAGGAUCUUAUGCAGAUUGAGGCCUUCGCCAAGAGCAUUCAGCGUUGCGCCGAUGUUCUCAAGCCCGAAGGAGUGGACCUAAUCGAUGUCCUCACUCGUUCCACGGACAAGAGCUUCGAAAAUAUUCUGAACUCGUUCAUCUCCAUUGCUGCCAUGCAGGUGGCUCUGACGGAUCUGCUAAGCUCUCUGGGCAUUCACCCCGAUGGAAUUGUAGGACAUUCCGUGGGAGAGCUUGGAUGUGCCUACGCCGAUGGCUGCUUCACCCCGGAACAGACUGUGCUAGCAGCCUACUGGCGAGGAAAGAGCAUUUUGGACACUCAGCUGGCCAAGGGCAAGAUGGCCGCCGUGGGAUUGAGCUGGGAGGACGCGCACGGCCGUGUGCCCAGCGAUUGCUUCCCUGUGUGCCAUAACAGCGUGGACAACUGCACCAUUUCUGGCCCGGAGGCCUCUAUCGAGGCUCUGGUCGCCAAACUGAAUGCGGAGGGAGUCUUUGCUAAGGCAGUUAACUCCUCCGGAUACGCUUUCCACAGCAAGUACAUCGCUGAGGCUGGACCCAAGCUACGUAAGAGCCUUGAGAAAAUUAUUCCUAACGCUAAGAACCGCACCCCUCGCUGGAUUAGUACCAGCAUCCCGGAAUCCGCCUGGAACACGCCCGUGGCAAAGCAGUCUUCGGCCGCGUACCAUGUCAACAAUCUGCUCUCGCCGGUACUCUUCCACGAGGCUCUCCAGCACGUCCCCAAGAACGCCAUUUCUGUGGAAAUUGCUCCCCAUGGCUUGCUGCAAGCCAUCCUCAAGCGCGCUCUGGGUCCUGAUGCUACUAACCUAAGUUUGGUGAAGCGCGGCCACGAGAACAACGUGGAGUUCUUCCUAACCAAUGUGGGCAAACUCUUUGCCGCAGGUGCACAACCACAGGUGCUGAAUCUGGUGCGUCCCAUUAGCUACCCUGUGGGUCGUGGAACCCCCAUGUUGAACUCCAAGGUGGGAUGGGACCAUACCCAAAAGUGGCUGGUGGCCAAGUUCGGCAAGGAAACUUCUUCAGGAGAGACCAUUGUAGAAGUUGAUCUGUCUAAGGAGGAUGAUGCCUUCUUGGCUGGACACACCAUCGACGGAAGGAUCCUGUUCCCGGCCACCGGUUACAUGACUCUUGCUUGGCAAACCUUCGCCAAGAUGCGUGGCAGUGAGUUCCACAAGACCCCAGUGGUCAUGGAGAACCUGGUGUUCCACCGCGCCACUAUCCUGAACAAGAACGCAGUGGUGAAGUUCGGCAUCAAUUUCUUUGAUGGCACAGGCGCCUUUGAGAUAUGUGAGAGCGGAAGUUUGGCGGUAUCCGGAAAGAUUACUAUUCCCGAAUCUAUCGACAAUGAGGAACUUCCUCUAGAGGCGCAGACUCCAAGCGCUGCCGCCAAGGAGCUAGUCACCAACGAUGUGUACAAGGAGCUGCGUUUGCGCGGCUACGACUACGCUGGCAUUUUCCGCGGCAUUGUUCGCUCUGACACAGUGGCUUCCACUGGGCAGCUUCAAUGGGUGGACAACUGGAUCAGCUUCAUGGACACUAUGCUCCAGUUUAGUAUCCUGAGCAAGAACCUCCGUGAGUUGUACCUGCCCACUCGCAUUGAGCGAGCGGUGAUUAAUCCCGCUAAGCACUUAGAGUUGCUGAAUGCCCUCACCAAGGAACAGCAGCUAGAGACAGGAAUUCCUGUGCAAUGGUACAGUGAUAUCAAUGUCAUCAAGAGUGGAGGCGUGGAAUUGCGCGGGUUGAAAGCUAAUCUCGCCCAGCGUCGUCCUGGCACACAGGCCCCUCCCACAUUGGAGCGCUAUCAGUUUGUGCCCAACAACAACACCACCGAUCUGCAUGAGAACUCUGAGAAGGCUCGUCUGCACGCUUUGGAUGUGGCCAUUCAAGUGAUUAUUGAGAACUCAAGCGGAGCUGUCAAGCUAAAGGGUGUAGAGUUGGCCAAUGGACGCAACCCAGAUGUGCUGGUUGCUAAUCGUCUUCUGCAGAUUAUCGAGGGUGAACCUGUGCUUACUGGUGAUGUUGCUGUGGUCACUUCAAACAACAAUGAGGAGACCAUUACCGCCGCUCUCGGCGAUUCUGGUGUACGCGUGGUGUCCAAGGACGUGUUGAAGGAACCGGUAGAGCAGAACUGUCAUUUUGUCUUUGGCAUUGAUGUUCUUUCCCGCCCGGACACCAAAACCUUAGAAAACUCCAUUGCCAGCAUCCGUGAGAAUGGCUUCUUGAUCCUUGAGGAGACGCUGGCCACGUAUACCAAAACUGGUCGUGCUCUGUUGACCAAGUUCGGUUUCGUUGCCGUUCAGGAACAGAGUCUGGGAGCAACCCGUGUCCUGGUUCUUGCCCGAAAGGCUGUGGAUCUGAAGACCCGUAAGUCUGUAGUGGUUGUAGCCACGGAACAGAACUUUAACUGGGUGGAUGAUUUAAAGACCGCUCUGGCUACUGCUACCACAGAGGAACAGUAUGUAUACGUGGUUUGUCAAGGAGAGGAACUUUUUGGUGCAGUGGGUCUGAUGACCUGUAUCAAGAACGAAAAUGGAGGCAAACUGGCCCGCCUGGUGUUCGUCCAAGAUGCCAAGGCUGAAAAGUUCUCCCUUACCUCGGCACUUUACCGACAGCAGUUGGAGAAGGACCUCAUCUCGAACGUACUGAAGAACGGUGCCUGGGGCACUUUCCGUCACCUUAAAUUGGAGACCCAGCAGGCUACACUUCAAGUGGAACACGCUUAUGUCAACGCCUUGGUCAAGGGUGAUCUGGCUUCGCUCAAGUGGAUCGAGGCUGCCCAGGCUGAUACCGCUGCAACUGGUGACAAAAAUCUGGAAACUUGCACGGUUUACUAUGCUCCCAUUAACUUCCGUGAUGUCAUGUUGACCUCAGGCAAACUGGCUGCCGAUGCUUUGCCCGGAGAUUUGGCUGAGCAGGAUUGUGUGCUGGGCUUGGAGUUUGCUGGUCGCGACUCUCAGGGCCGUCGUGUAAUGGCCAUGGUGCCGGCCAAAUCCCUGGCUACCACCUGUGUGGCCAGCAAACGCAUGAUGUGGCAGAUUCCCGAGAAGUGGACCAUGGAAGAGGCCUCUACCGUUCCAUGUGUGUACUCUACCGUUUACUACGCUUUGGUUGUUCGAGGACAGAUGAAGAAGGGUGAGAAGAUACUUAUUCAUGCUGGUUCUGGAGGAGUUGGUCAGGCGGCGAUCUCUGUGGCUCUUGCUCAUGGAUUGACCGUAUUCACCACUGUGGGCAGCAAGGAGAAGCGCGAGUUCCUGCUGAAACGAUUCCCUAAGCUGCAAGAACGCAAUAUUGGCAACUCCCGAGACACCUCCUUUGAGCAGCUGGUACUGCGUGAGACCAAGGGACGCGGUGUGGACCUCGUACUUAACUCGCUCUCCGAGGAGAAACUGCAGGCUUCGAUCCGCUGUUUGGGUCUUAAUGGUCGCUUCCUGGAAAUCGGAAAAUUCGAUUUGAGCAAUAACAGUCCACUCGGAAUGUCCGUGUUCCUCAAGAACACCUCUUUCCAUGGUAUCCUGCUCGACAGUGUAAUGGAAGGCGAGGAGGAAAUGCAAAACCAGGUUGUGUCCCUGGUGGCGGAGGGCAUCAAGACCGGAGCCGUGGUACCCCUUCCCACUUCUGUGUUUAACGACCAACAGGUGGAGCAAGCCUUCCGUUUCAUGGCCUCUGGCAAGCACAUUGGCAAGGUCGUGAUCAAGGUGCGUGAGGAGGAGGCGGGCAAAAAGGCGCUGCAGCCAAAGGCGCGCUUGAUAAACGCAAUUCCGCGCACCUACAUGCACCCGGAGAAGAGCUACAUUCUGGUCGGAGGCCUUGGAGGUUUCGGCCUGGAACUAACCAACUGGUUGGUGACGCGAGGAGCACGCUACAUUGUGCUCACCUCCCGUUCGGGAGUUAAGACCGGUUAUCAAGGACUGAUGAUCCGUCGCUGGCAGGAACGUGGCGUCAAGGUGGUGAUCGAUACAAGUGAUGUGACCACCGCCGCUGGAGCAAAGAAGCUGCUGGAGAACAGUAACAAACUGGCUUUGGUGGGAGGCGUCUUUAACCUGGCAGCUGUCCUUCGAGAUGCUUUAAUAGAGGAUCAGACCGCUAAGGACUUCAAAACAGUGGCGGAUCCCAAGGUUACUGCCACCAAGUACCUGGAUCAAUACUCUCGAACCAUCUGCACAGAGCUGGACUACUUCAUCUGCUUCUCUAGUGUUUCCUGCGGUCGUGGCAACAUUGGUCAGACCAACUAUGGAUUGGCUAACUCUGCGAUGGAGCGAAUUUGCGAGCAGCGACAGAUUAGCGGAUUCCCGGGUACCGCCAUCCAAUGGGGCGCCAUCGGAGACACCGGUUUGGUUCUUGAAAACUUAGGUGACAACGAUACUGUUAUUGGAGGAACCCUCCCCCAGAGAAUGCCCUCGUGCCUACAAACCAUUGACCUGUUCUUGCAGCAGCCCCAUCCCGUGGUCGCCUCCAUGGUGGUGGCCGAGAAACGCAAGUCGGAUCAGUCUGCUGGAGUCAGCCUGAUCGCCACCAUCGCCAACAUCCUUGGUCUAAGGGAUACUAAGAAUAUCCAAGACGGAGCUUCGCUUGCUGAUCUUGGAAUGGACUCGCUGAUGAGCGCAGAGAUUAAGCAGACAUUGGAGCGAAACUUCGAUAUUGUUUUAUCCGCCCAGGAAAUACGCCAGCUCACAUUUGGAGCCCUCAAGGCUAUGGAUGGUGGAGCUGAAGCCAAACCAGUCGCAGCUGCUCCCGCCGGCGCAGCUGGAGCCACAGAGGUAAACAUCUCCUCUGGUGGAUCCUCGCGCACGGCCAGUCCGAUGGGUGAUGGCACCCAGGUGGUGUUUACCACGUCUCUCAUUCCCACCGAUGCAAUUUUACCACUGGAGACAAAGGCACCGGCGAAUAGCAAACAGACCCCCAUCUUCUUCAUUUCCCCCAUCGAGGGCUUCGCCUCUGCCUUGGAGCCGCUGGCCAAGCGAUUGGAAGUGCCCGCCUAUGGACUGCAGUUCACAGAAGCCGUGCCCUAUGAUUCCCUGGAAUCAGCGGCAAAGUUCUUUAUUAAUCAACUGCGCACCGUCCAGCCAAAGGGUCCGUACAAGCUCGCCGGAUACUCCUUCGGCUGCCUGCUCACGUACGUGAUGGCCGGUAUUCUGGAGGAAACCAACGAGGUUGCCAACGUGAUAAUGUUGGACGGAGCCCCGACCUACGUCAACUGGUACACGAGCAGCUUCAAGAAACGUUACACGGACGGCAGCAACGCUGAUAACGACAACCAGAGCUACGGUUUGGCCUACUUUGGAAUCGUUCUGGCCAACAUUGAUUACAAAGCGCUGGUGCGACUGCUACUAGUGAUCCCCACAUGGGAAGAGAAACUCGAGAGAUUUGCUGAGUUGAUGAGCAAUGAGAUCACCCAGCCUGCUGAAACGAUCAAGAAAGCCGCCACUCUGUUCUACAAGAAACUGGUGCUGGCCGAUGGAUACGUGCCCACAUUGAAGCUUAAGACGAACGUAACCUUGGUCAAACCUACAGAUAACUCUGCCAAGCUGGACGAGGACUAUCGCCUGAAAGAGGUCUGCACAAAGCCCGUUGAAGUUCACACUGUGGAGGGCAACCAUCGCACCUUCCUAAUCGAGGAUCAGUCCUUGAAAACCAUCCAGAGCAUACUGAAGCGUCUGUUUAACUAGGAAGCGGUUAGCAUAGGAGUUGUGGAUGUGGCAUAGCACAACUAUUUACACGAUCAUCACCCUCUCACCAUCAUCCAAUACUCGGGUUCUAUGCACCACGUGGAGCCACGGAACACAUCGACACCUAGUUAGCAUACUUAGUGAAUGAAUUUACGUUGUUAAGCUGCAAGGAAUCGCUCGUCCCAUCCCAGUUACGCACAGCUAAAAGAGAUAACUCAACAGGUCGGAUUGGAGCGGAUCGGAUUGAAUCUGAUUAACUGCUGUCUUGCAGCGCUGUAGACUGUGGUCCAAAAUUUAGUCUAUAGUCGCUGCGAUUCUGGGCAGUUGUAAGGAUAAAAAGAUGAGAGGCCCAAACCAUCACACUUAACGCUUUGUGCACCAUACAGAUUAGUCCCGACAUUCCUUGAGAGCUAGACGGCACUAGACGUCCCAACUUACCAAAUAUAUCUUUUAUGCUCUAUCUAUAAUGUAUGUCGCUAUUCUAGUUUUAUUGCCUAGUUGUAAGCCUACAGUUUGUAGUCGCGCAUGUAAUGAAUUUCAUUCCUCGAACUAAUCCAAGAAAAGAAACUACAAAACUUGUUAUCUCUCUUGAUGUAUAAAAUAAUCGCCCAAAAUGAUCACUCAUGAAUAAUGUGGAUAUUAAAAUUACACCAUACUAAAAAAUAA